AUGUCCGACCUCAAAGUAACUGAUAGACUGAAGUAUGAGGCUGUUAACGAGGAACAAUAUGUGGAAGAUGCUUACGUUGAUCCAAUUCCAGAAAUGUCCAAAUUGAAAGAAUAUGAGAUAAUCAAAAAAUUAGGACAAGGAACCUUUGGAGUGGUUCAAAAAGCUAGAAGCAAAGCAAAUGGUCACACAGUAGCAAUAAAGCAACUACUAAAUCACCAAGCAAAAGAAGGAUUUCCAAUCACCGCUCUCAGGGAAAUCACAAUACUAAAACAAAUGCAUCAUCAAAAUAUACUAAGUAUUGAAGAAAUAUUAUUUGAAGAGCCUAAUGUUACAAAUCCUGCUGAUUUAAUUAGUAAUAGAGGAUCAUUCUAUACAGUAUCACCAUAUAUGAGUAGUGAUUUAGUUGGAAUAUUGGAAAAUCCAAGCAUUACUUUGAAAUUAGAAGAAAUUAAAUGUCUAAUGAAACAACUCUUGGAAGGAAUACAAUAUAUUCAUGAUCAAAAUUAUUUACAUCGAGAUAUUAAAGCAGCAAACUUAUUAGUUGAUCAGAAUGGGAUUUUGAAAAUAGCAGAUUUUGGGUUAGCUAGAUUGUAUCAUGGAGAUUGUCCAAAAUUGGGAAUGGGACCAGGAGGUGGAGAAAAAGCAUAUACAGCGUUGGUGGUGACUAGAUGGUAUAGACCACCUGAAAUUUUGUUAGGUGAAAGAAAAUAUACAACAGCAGUUGAUCUUUGGGGUAUUGGAUGUGUGUUUGCCGAAUUAUUCACAAGAAAACCUAUAUUAAUUGGAAAAACUGAUGCUCAUCAAGCACAAAUAAUAUUUGAAUUAAUUGGAUCUCCGAGUACUCAAUGGCCUGAUGCUAUGAAAUUACCAAAUAAAACAGAUUACAAUAUUGGAAUAACUGCAAAGAGAACUUUGGAACAAAGAUUUGCAGAUAAAAUGCCUAAAUCAGCAAUAAAGUUAUUAAGUGGUUUAUUGACUCUUGAUCCUUACAAAAGAAUGAAUGCGUUAGAUGCCCUACAAGCUGAAUUUUUUAAUGAAGCUCCAUUACCUUUACGACCUAAGGAUAUGCCCAGUUUUGGAGAAUGUCACGAAAUUGAUAAAGAAAAAUUCAAAAAACUUAGAGAAUCCAAUAAAUAUCAUCAUAGAAGUGAAUCAAAAAACAUGGAUGAAUAUGAUGAUAGGGCUAGAGUUGAAGUUCCUCGUUAUGAUGAUCGAUAUCGUAAAGAAGAGGAUGCUUGGGAUAAUUCUAAAGAUAAUACAGCUUCACCAUAUCAUUAUAAACCAUUAGCAAGACCACCUAAUAAUCGACUUCAUCAAAAUAAUAAUCAUUACACUGAUAAGGAUACUUAUAAUUACAAUAGAUACCCUGAUGAUGAAGGGUAUUAUCAAUCGAAAUCUACAUAUAGAGGUAAAAGUGGCAGAUCACAAUACGAAUCUAGACAUAAUACACCAGCUUUGAAUGAUGGAUAUGAUAAUGCAAAUUACCAUGAUAGAGAGAAAACUUCGGCUGCACCAUUGCUAUAUCCAUCAAGUGAUACAUACAUCCCUCGAAAAAAUCAAAAUCAAAACACAUCAUCUCGUGAUAUACGAAACUCACCUAGGUCAUUCUCGUCCAAGUCAGCUAAAACUCCGAAUGCAAAUGACUUCGCGCGUCACGAAAGAGAAAUCCCAACUGAAAGGAGCACAGCAAGAAGAUCUAGAUACUCAAAUGAUUUCAACUCACCAAAAGAUAAUGUUAAUGAAGAUUAUGUCAAAGUAAGCUUGAAAACAUCAGCAGCUACUCGAGCCCCAUCAAUUAGUUUGAAAAUAUCAAAUGGUGCAACUGAUAAUUUGAAGGAUGUAAAUAUUCCAAAUGUAGUGGAUGAAAGAAUACCAAAAGUUGAACCACCAUCAAUUAACGUAGAACUGGGAAAUGGUCAAGCUGAAAGUCUGAAGAAGACACAAUCACCCAAACCAGAAAGUAAUAAGGAAGCACAAGUUGAAUUGAACAAGAAUGACGAAGCUGUUGUAGAUUCAUCAAAAAAUCAAACUAAAUUAGGAAAUGAUCACUCACCCAGAGAAGUCGAAGCUGUUGUAGAUUCAUCAAACAACCAAAUCAAAUCAGAAAAUUAUCAUUCACUCAGAGAAGUCAUUCGAGAAACUAAAGACGUUCAGCUUAAGGGAGUCCUCCCUACGUCAAAAGUAAAGGAGCAACCGUCUGGUGAUCAAGUACAAGCUUCCCAUAAUUCACCUUUGAUGAGAGAUAUAAACGAUGCAGAUGCUAUGGCUAUUGAAUUGCACAAAAAACUGGUAAAGGAAAAUCUGAAUCAAAAUGAUCAGACUACAGAAGAAGCUGCGGGAGAACUUGAAACUUCUUUGUCCAAAACAAUAGAGACUGAUGCAUCCCCUUCUUCACCCCUGAAAUUGAAUACAACUACAGAAUUGAAUGAAUCCUGCUUGGAAGAUUCGGAAAUGAAGGAGUCAUUAGACAAAAAUCUGGGUGUGAUCUUAACUUGUGCUGGAGAAGGUUCAGAAAUCGUAGGAAAUAGUACAGUCGAUGUUCAAGAGAAUGAAGGAGUUGUUGCAGAUGGAGCUGAAGUUACUAAAAAAAGUGUUGAAUUUACAAAAGAAAGUGCUGAAGCUAUUGAAGAAGGUUCUGAAGCUACAAAAGAAGUUGCUGAAGCUACUAAAGAAGUUAUUGAAGCUACUAAAGAAAAUGCUGAAGCUACUGAAGAAGGUAAAGAAGUUACUAAAGAAGAUGCAGAAGCAACUGAACCAAGUUCUGAAGUAAUCAGAGAAAAUACCGAGAAUACAGUUCCUGAGGAAGGCUCAAUAGAUACUAAUGGAGGUGCUAAAAAUACUGAAGGAGAUACAAAAAUUGCUACAGAAGAUGCAGAUGCUGCAAGCGAAAGUAGAAAAGCUUCUACCAGUCAAACAAUUGAUGACAAAACUAAAAAAGAUGAAAUUGCCCCAGAGAAUAGGCGAUUAACGCGAAGUGCAAGUAAAAGUAAAACUGAUACCCUUAAUUCAUCCAAGUCUAACAUCAAUUUAAAGAAACAAAAAUCAAAACCAAUAGAUACAAAAGGUUUGAUUGUACCGCGGAUCCUCCUAAGAACUCGGUCACUGAAAAGAAAUUCAACUCUUGAACUGUCAACAAUCCAACCAAAUCAGUCCGCUGUAAAUGAUUCAUCAAAAAGGUUACAACUGAAGAGAAAGAGUGAUCAGAAGGAUGCUGCUCCAGAAUCAAAACGAACCCAAACUAAACCUGAAAAAAUCACUAAAGAAAGUUCAACAUCAACCAAAUCUAAGCCUCCAAAAAGAUCUAUUGCUCCAACUUUUACACUGCCAUUAAAGAAAAUAAAAUUUAGUUAUGAAGAAUUUUCAGAUAGUGAAUUGAGUGAUUUGCAUUCUGAUAUGGAAAAAGAUGAUAAAAGAAAUGCCAAAUUUUUAGAAGAAGAUAAGCCCUUUUGA